CUUUUUCCUACUCCAACCAUCCGCAAGGCUUAAAAACUUCAAACUCAGAAAAAAAUUGGGGUUUCUAAAUUCACUGUUGAGUGCUGUGGAUUACUUUUGCAAAGGCUUUUUGGAGCACUUCUGGAAUUUUUCGAUUCUUUACCUGUCCCUGACGGGGCCUGGAUGCGGGUCUGAUUCAAAGCAACAGAGUCCCAGAGACUGGAGGGCAGGGAUAAAGAAAAAGAUGGGCUUGUCCAUGGUGGACUUCUGGACCCUCUUCAGGGGCUCCUUAGUUCCAGGCAUGUCAGCUGGUGCCGGUGGAAAGGAAGAGACACUCAGCAAGUGGCCGUCGGAAGCACUAUCGGUUGUGAGUGAGGACCAGUCGUUAUUUGAGUGCGCCUACGGGACACCGCACCUGGCGAAGACAGAGAUGACCGCGUCCUCCUCCAGCGACUAUGGCCAGACUUCCAAGAUGAGCCCACGGGUCCCUCAGCAGGACUGGCUGUCUCAGCCCCCCGCCAGGGUCACCAUCAAGAUGGAAUGUCACCCGAGCCAGGUGAACGGCUCCAGGAACUCCCCUGAUGAAUGCAGCAUGGCCAAAGGCGGGAAGAUGGUGGGCAGCCCAGACACGGUGGGCAUGAACUACAGCAGUUACAUGGAGGAGAAGCACAUGCCACCUCCCAACAUGACCACCAACGAGCGCCGGGUGAUCGUGCCUGCAGACCCUACACUGUGGAGCACAGACCAUGUGCGGCAGUGGCUGGAGUGGGCGGUGAAAGAGUACAGCCUUCCGGAUGUGGACAUCUUACUGUUCCAGAACAUUGACGGGAAGGAGCUGUGCAAGAUGACCAAGGACGACUUCCAGAGGCUCACCCCGAGCUACAAUGCCGACAUCCUCCUCUCUCACCUCCACUACCUCAGAGAGACUCCUCUUCCACAUUUGACUUCCGAUGAUGUUGAUAAAGCCUUACAAAACUCUCCGCGGUUAAUGCAUGCUAGAAACACAGGGGGUGCAGCUUUUAUUUUCCCAAAUACUUCAGUAUAUCCUGAAGCUACGCAAAGAAUUACAACUAGGCCAGAUUUACCUUACGAGCCUCCCCGGAGGUCAGCCUGGACCAGUCACAGCCACCCCGCCCCUCAGUCCAAAGCUGCCCAGCCAUCUCCUUCCGCAGUGCCCAAAACUGAAGAUCAGCGCCCCCAGCUAGACCCUUAUCAGAUCCUUGGACCGACAAGCAGUCGCCUUGCCAAUCCAGGUAGUGGCCAGAUCCAGCUGUGGCAGUUCCUCCUGGAGCUCCUGUCUGACAGCUCCAACUCUAACUGCAUCACCUGGGAGGGUACCAACGGGGAGUUCAAGAUGACUGAUCCGGACGAGGUGGCCCGGCGCUGGGGAGAACGCAAGAGCAAGCCCAACAUGAAUUAUGACAAACUCAGCCGUGCCCUUCGCUACUACUAUGACAAGAACAUCAUGACCAAAGUCCAUGGGAAGCGCUAUGCCUACAAGUUUGACUUCCAUGGGAUCGCCCAGGCCCUGCAGCCCCACCCCCCUGAGUCAUCCCUCUACAAGUAUCCCUCGGACCUCCCGUACAUGGGCUCCUACCAUGCCCACCCACAGAAGAUGAACUUCGUGGCUCCCCACCCUCCAGCCCUCCCUGUAACCUCCUCCAGCUUCUUUGCUGCCCCCAACCCCUACUGGAAUUCCCCAACUGCAGGCAUCUACCCGAACACUCGGCUUCCAGCCAGCCACAUGCCUUCCCACCUGGGCACUUACUACUAGGCACCCCAUGGAGGCCUUUCCUGCCACCGGGCCUCCCCCAUGGAUGUUUCAAACUCUGUGGGACAACAGGGAUCAGAAGUGCCUCAAGGCAAAGAAGAGGCUUGGCUGGGUGGGGGAAAGGAACCAGAGAGUCCUAAAGACUCACAGUGGGGAGGGAGUUACUAAAAUAUUACUACAGACCUACAGAGGGUGCUCAGAGCAUUUUGAACAUGGGCAUGUCACCUGUGGGCUAACCUUGCCAAGGACAUUGUACGUAGAAGCAUGAAGUUGCAAGGACAAGUGCCAAAGAGUGUGGCCUUAAAUAGUGUAGAGAUCAUAGAGUAGAGGUUGGGGGUCUGCUCAGGAGGCCUGGGAUUCAACUGAAGCAGUAAAGGUAUCAGUCUUGGUCUAGCACAUCAUUUAGAGUGUCAUGCAAGGAAAACUACCUGUAUUUAAAAAUAGGAACAUAUCAAAACCAAAACAAAAUCAGAAGACCAGAGAGAGACUGGCGCCCUCAUGGAAGCUGGGAUGGGACUCUGCAGUGCUUGCUGUUUUGGUUGGAAUCAGAUUCAUUCCCUCUGGUGGGAGCAAGCAGCCCUCUCCAACUGUGAAGACAACCAGUCUGCAUCUCCUUUACAGUAUUGCAAGAGCCAUGAGCCAGAUGUUGGACUGAGGAAGUGAACAGAGGGUGAGCGCGUGGUGGUAGAUGAGAGCUGAAGGACAAAGAGGAGGAGAGGAGGAGGAGCAGCAGCAGCAGCAGGAGGAGGAGGAGGAGGAGGAGGAGGAGGAGGCAAAAGUGGGAAGAACCUUCUCUGGGAUUAGAACAAUUUGAGACCAUGGAGAGUGAGUCGUGGGGACUCGUGGUCUGAUACAGUCAGUGUUAUACCAAAGCCAACGUGAGGAGGAAGGACACAGCCUCACGGAGGGAGGUGGAAGUAGAAUUCAGGACCAAAAAUGUGCAUCUCUUUUUAUGUUUAUCAAGAGAAAAUUUAAACUGGAAUUGUCUGAUAUUUAAAAGAAACAUUCAGGACCUCAGCAUUCUGGGGCUCUGUCCCCACAGGGUCAGGUCAGAGAUGGCCUCCGUGGCCACCACAAUCAGAGAUCGCAUGUGCAUUUGGAGUAGGUGGGCUCCAGGUUGCCUUUUUGAGUCGCGAACGCUGUGCGUUUGUCAGAACGAAGUAUACAAGUCAAUGGGUUUUUUUUUCCUUUUUAUAUAAUAAUUAUAUAACUUAUGCAUUUAUACACUACGAGUUGAUCUCGGUCAGCCAAAGACACAUGACAGAAAAGGAGACAAUCAGAGAUGUGAUGUGGCCUUGAAUUUUAACUCUGUAUGCUUAAUGUUUACAAUAUGAAAUUAUUAGUUCUUAGAAUGCAGAAUGUAUGUAAUAAAAUAAGCUUGGCCUAGCAUGGCAAAUCAGAUUUACGCAGGAGUCUGCAUUUGCACUUUUUAGUGACAAACGUUGCCUAAUAGAAACUUGUGCUGAACAUUAUGGGUUUUGUGUUAUCCUUUCACUGUGGGAAGUUAUGUGGCUGAGUGCAAAGGGAACAGGGGAACAGGGUCUCUCUUAUUUCUUGCACCUUGUACAACAGAAGGACCCCAAAUUUCACCUUGGAGCCUCUCUAUUUCUAGAAGAGAAAAGCACCUCUAAUGCUGAGGUUGAAUGAAAAAAAAAAUGCAGUUCAGCACUAGUCACAAAUCAUCCCAAUUCCUGCAAGGAUCCUAAAACACUUGUAGAAUGGUGAGGGAAACAUUGCUCUUACCACAGGCUGUAUUUUUUAAUUAUUAUUAUUAUUAUUAUUAUUAUUAUUGGUAAGUAAAUCAUUAGAGACAACUACAAAUUCCCCCUGCAAAGCGGCAGGGGCAGCUUCUACGUUUACCCCUUGGCCUGUCUCUCUCAGCAUCUCAUCAGUGAGACGGUUGCUAUGACUUUUCCUGCACCAGAAAAAUCUGGGCAUUGUGGCUUGAGACUGCCCAUUCUGGGGCCAGAGGUCCCCAGCUUUCUGUGGCUAUGAUCCAAAGUCAAUUUCCAGGAUGUCUUCUCUCUACUAUGUGCUACAAGUGCCUCUCACUUUGGCCAAGGUGAAGGGGGUGCAGUGUGUGUGACACCCAUCACCUGUGAGAAGGAAUGAGCCUCCACGCCUUCUUAGCCCGAGCCACUUUCAUAGCAAUGUGGGCUUGUUUUGCACUUUGUAAUCCCUUUGCUAUGAUUAAACAAAGUUGCCAAAUCUCUCUGCUGUGAAUAUGUUGGCAGUGGUCUUAAAGUCGAUAGGAUAUGGUUACCCAAGCUUCAGACACCCCUCAUUACUGGGCUUGAAAAGAGCCCAGCCAUCAAUCAUCUGCAGCAGCUUGGGAAAGGCCCACAACGUGCCUGUAUCUCCUUAGGAAAAAAAUAAAAAGCAGGAGAGCUAACAGCUAUGGGUGACCCAAAGGGUUCUAACAGAAAAGAUUGCUUUCUUUUGGAAUACAGAGCCGAGGCACACCUACACUCUGCAAAAACUAAAUGCAACUAUAUUUGGAUAAUCACUCAGUUCUCUCUUUCAAGAUUAUAGCGUGAGCAAAAUAAUCAAAACGGCAUGAUUUUCACAUUUAGUUCUAACAGAUGUUUCCCAUUUGAUUCCAUGCCCCACUCACAAUCCAGGUUAAUAGCAAAUCUCAGGAUAAGCAUGAGCAACCAGGAGUAACUUUGAGAUAACGUGAUCACUGGGAUUCCCCUGAAUAAAUAACUUUUUGACUGUCUUGAAAUAACAUCCUGCCCCACUCCUGUCUUGACCAAGUAGGAUUUGAGACCCCUCUCCAGGUCGUCUUCAUCACUGU